UUAACAUAAUUUUACAUGGUUCCGUCUUUCUCGUUACAGCAGGCCAAUGAGGCUCUGCAUCACCAGCACCAAGUAGCCGGGAACAGCCUCUUGCCUUUGCUCAGUUCUGGAACGGAGCCACCUGAUCAGAAACCGGUGCUGCCCAUUCCCUUGGACCAGAAACCCCCCGUCCAGUGCUGCAACUUCUUAAAAGACAAUGUGGCUAGUGGGACUGGGGGAGGAGGGGGAGGAGGGCAUCCAGUUGCCGUGGUCAAAAAGGAGCCCAAAUCAAAGACGCCCUUCAUCUGUGGCUACUGCAGCAAGGCUUUCCGGGACAGCUACCACCUCCGACGGCACGAGUCUUGCCACACUGGCAUCAAGAUGGUUUCGCGGCCUAAGAAGACACAAACAGCCCCCACCAUGGUGCCACUCAUAUCCACUGUACCACGUGAGAAUAGCGGAAACCCUUCAUACAUUACUACUGUAGCUGGUAUACUGACUACAGCCACCACGUCCACAUCCACAGGCACCAGCAUCAUGACCCCAAUGCAACACCAACAGCAGCAGAGCAUCCCUAAGAAGCCCCCCAAACCGGUGAAAAAGAAUCACGGUUGUGACAUGUGUAAGGCCUUCAGAGACGUGUACCACCUCAACCGCCACAAGCUGGCGCACUCUGAUGAGAAGCCAUUUGAGUGUCCCAUCUGCCAGCAGAGGUUCAAGAGGAAGGAUCGCAUGACAUACCAUGUCCGCUCCCAUGAUGGUGGAGUUCACAAGCCUUACAUCUGGUCUGUCUGUGGGAAGGGCUUCUCCAGACCGGAUCACCUAAGCUGUCAUGUCAAGCACGUCCAUUCCUCAGAGAGGCCAUUUAAGUGCCAAGUAACGGCCUGUACCUCCGCCUUCGCUACCAAAGACCGUCUGCGCUCCCACAUGAUCAGGCAUGAAGGCAAAGUGACCUGCAACAUCUGUGGCAAAAUGUUAAGCGCUGCCUACAUCACAAGUCACCUCAAGACACAUGGCCAGGCCAGCUUCAGCAACCCAUGUAACAAUAAAGGCAUAAGUGACUGGCAGUGGAACCACUCAGGGCCACGAAAAGGUGAGUUGACGGUAGGAGAGAUUUUAAAUAACUCCUUCCAAGUCCUAAUUGACUACUCCCACAAAGAUGCCAACACGGCAACAACUCGGACCACUACGACGCCGGUCACAAACUCGACGGCCAUCACCUCGGCAGUGAACCGCAUCGGCAGCAAUCCCGUCACCAUCGCGGCUCAGAUGAACAUCGCCACCAGCACGGUCAACAUCACGUCACCGGUGAACCUGCAGCACCCCGUCACCAUCACCGGCCCCGUGAACCUGGCCUCCAUCAACAUCCCUACUACGGCUCACAUGAAUAUCGCCCACCCGGUGGCCAUCACCACUCCCAUGCCCAUGAAUAUCACGGGGCCACUCAACAUCGCCAUGAGGCCCAUGGAUAGCAUGCCUUUUCUAUCCCAAGUUCUGCCUUCCUCCCCUCCGUGGUAGAGCUGUUUUUAGUCUUCGUCAGAGCCGGUAAUGUUUUAACUGCCUAAUAAUGGACGAGUCGGUCACAGCUUAGUAACGUGACCCUCUGGAUGGCUUGAUGGUGUGUUAACCUGAAAAGGUGAUGACUGUCAUUCAACCACAUGAAUAGUAACUGAGGAUUGUUACUUGCAGGAGGUUAUUUUUAUUCUUAUUUUAGAUAUUGUGAUAUAGGACAUUUCUAGAACUUUAAUAGAGACGUUUUAUUGAUACCAGAUGGGAGUUUGUGUUCUUGGCUAACCCAGUGAGUUCAUGUCUUGACUAAUUAAGGUACUUCAUCACAUUGAUGCAAAAAAAUCUAUAAAUCCCAUAUCACCAUGAA